AUGGUAAGAAUCAAGAUGAAGGCCACCGGCAGACCAUUCAUGAGGAAGAAAUUAGGGCUACCGAAACCCAUCCCCUCCGACAGUGAUGACGAAGCACGGGACACCACUCCACCGGCCACCACCAGCACCGACACGCCACCGGCUACUGAAACAGCAACAGGACGCACCGACUCACCGGCCGUCCAGACAUAUCACGGCCAGAAACGGCCAAGAACUCAGUCGCCACCUCCACCGCCGAGAUCAGAGCCAGAACCAGAAACCACCAUUGCCACACAUCCCGCAGGUCAUGAGGAAGGCGAUGCAACCACUGAUGUGCCCAGCAAUUUGCCCACUGAUGCGCCCACUAGUACGCCCAAUGAUUUCACCAGCAAUGUGCCAAGCGCUAUGCCCAGCGAUGUGCCCACUGAUGCGCCCACGGACUUGCCAAAUGUAGCUCUGCUUGAUGUCGGUAUUGUCAAUUUGAACUCUAUGAAUUUUGGCUACUGUGAUUUGUUGGUCUUUAGAGUAAAUGAAAGUUGA